UAGUCCCAAGUCUUAUAUAUAAUACCCAUGUCUUAAUUCAGUUCUUCACACCCCACAACCCUCAACUCACUCUCAUUCCCAUUUCCUACACCAAUUCCCUCUCUCCUUUCUAUAGCCAAAAAGAGAAAUGGGUGUCACUACUUUCACCCAAGAAUUCACCACCUCAAUUGCACCCAACAGGAUGUUCAAGGCUUUGAUGCUUGACUCCCACAAUCUCAUCCCUAAGCUUCUCCCUCAAUCCAUCAAGAGCAU